AUGACUCAGUGCCUGGGGCUGACUCCAAGUACCUCCACUGUUGAUCCUAGCAUUUGUCGCUUCCGCUGCUCACGGGUACAAGCAGCAUCCAAGCAAGCUCGCUGCAACAAUGUUGGAAAUCUCCGUGGUUUGCAACGCUGCUUGGCUGACUCCCAACUAUUUCGCUUGGGAUAUUAUCUAGCUGGAGGACCCGAGCACUGGCAUGAGAACUACCCCAUGGCCAAGGGGGACAAGCAGUCGCCCAUUGAGAUCAGCAGCAAAGACGUGCGGCACGAUACUUCUCUCGGCCCUUGGCACGCCAGUUACGACCCCGGGGCAGCCAAAACCAUCCUGAACAACGGGCGCACCUGCCGAGUCGUCUUUGACGACACUUUUGAUCGGUCAGUGCUGAGGGGCGGGCCGCUCACGGGCGCCUACAGGCUGCGCCCGCUGCCCCUGCACUGGGGGUCCUCCGACGACCACGGCUCGGAGCAUAUUAUCGACGGGUUGAAGUACGCAGCAGAGUUACAUAUGGUGCACUGGAAUCCAAAACAUGGUAAUUUUGUUGGAGCUUUGAAACAACCUGAUGGUGUGGCUGUUGUGGGCAUUUUUCUGAAAGUUGGAAAAACUCCCAAACCAGAGAUGAAGAGAAUUCUUGAAGAAAUUGAUAACAUUAAGACCAAGGGGAAAGAGGCUCCUUUUCAUCACUUUGAUCCUUCAAUUCUUUUUCCCAAAUCUCGGGACUACUGGACCUACCACGGUUCUUUCACUACACCCCCCUGCGAGGAGUGCAUCACUUGGAUUCUCUUGAGGGAGCCGAUUGAAGUCAGCUCAGACCAGAUGGCGAAGCUCCGUAGCCUUUCCAAGAAUGGUGAGAACGAGCCUGUGAACCCACUGGUUGAUAACUGUCGCCCUAUUCAGCCUGUGAAGGGCAGGAUCGUGAGAGCCUCAUUCAAGUGA